ACAUGGAAAUGUUGAACUGACAGCGCAGAACUAACUCGGCACUCUGAAUUGGACGAUAGGUAGGCUAGGCCUAUCAUACCGCCACCGGGGGAUUGUUUUUGUGGAGAGAUCGAUUUUGGGAAUCAAUGUCUACGCGCGCAACUGAAGUUUUAUUUUCUGGGUUUGGAUUUAGGCUGCUGUGCAAUAGUAUGAUUUUUAGUGUGUGUCGUUUGCUCUGGGUGUAAAAGUGCUGAACAUUAUUAAUAUUUUAACUAAAUGGAUUAUGUUCAUUUUGCGCAAAAGCUCUUAUAAGAAGUUGUUUUGUUGUAAUGUUCUGGAUAUGUUUUCGCAGUAUACCUUGCUAAGUGAGUGAUGAUUGAUUUGGAUAUGUCAGCACCGCACACUCCAUCAUUCCUGGACUGGGGAAAGUAAGAAACCACCUGUUGUGAAUGCUUUCUGGAACUUCCCACGGAUAUACCUCUGCGGCUAAAACAAGACAUUGGAAAGGCGUGCGCAGAACGCACAGAGACAUGUAAAGCCGGUAUGCUUUACACGGAACACUGAGAACUCGUUUUGUAUUCAUGGGACAGGCACAGGCUAAUAAUCCUAUUUUAAUUUAUUGCUAUUACCUGUAGUUAAUUAUGUCGCCAUGGUGGCACGGGUUAAGAUGAUGAGUCCUGUCUUGGCCACCAGUUGCUGUUGCGCUCAGAAUGGCUCGCGAGGACGCGGUGAGGUGCCUGCGCUGCCUGCUCUACGCUCUCAAUUUACUCUUCUGGCUCAUGUCGAUAUGUGUCCUGGGGGUGGCUGCUUGGCUCAGGGACUACCUGAACACUGUGCUCACCUUGACAGCUCACACCAGGCUGGAGGAAGCAGCAGUUCUCACCUAUUCUCCGGCUGUCCAUCCCGUCAUCAUUGCAGUGUGCUGUUUUCUUAUCAUCGUGGCCAUGGUGGGCUACUGUGGCACACUGAAAUGCAACCUUCUACUCCUGUCCUGGUACUUUGGCAGUUUGUUGGUGAUCUUCUGUGUAGAGUUGGCCAGUGGGGUGUGGACGUAUGACGAGCCUUCAGUUCAUAGGUCAGAUAUGAUCAGUCUGAAGUCCAGGAUGCCCAACUAUGGCCUGCAGCGUUACCAGUGGCUAACACACACCUGGAACACCUUACAGACUGAGUUUAAGUGCUGUGGGGUCAUCUACUUCACUGAUUGGCUGGAGAUGACAGAGAUGGAGUGGCCACCAGACUCCUGCUGCUCCAAUCAGUAUCCAGGUUGUGCUCGACAUGCCCACUACCGUGACCUCAGUGACCUUCACCAAGAGGGCUGUGGGCCGAAGAUCUACAGUUUCAUCAGAGGAACUAAGCAGCUGCAGGUGCUGCGUUUCCUGGGUGUGUCUAUAGGAGUGGCCCAGAUUCUGGCCAUGACCCUGACCCUAACCCUGCUCUGGGCCCUCUACUACGACCGCAAGCCCCCCGAGCCCACCCCGCUUGACCCCCCACCAGGAACCGACCCUGGAUCUCUAACCAUCACCCACGGACCCCAAGGGGAGGCUCCUAAAUCGGGUAACACUCGCCUGGCUGAGGCCUGGUCCAACGCUGCGACCACGUCUAACGGACAUGGACACACCCAGUUUGAGAUGGAGAGGCUGUCCUAGCGGGGGGGUACACUGUCUACCCAUCUGCCCCUCACACUACCCCUCAUAAGGGGAUGAGGAGAAAGUGUGAGACGAGAUGAGGGGAGAGAAGGGGGUUGAGAAAGAGGGUAGGAGCUAUGAGAGAGAUUGGGCACAGGUGCAGGAGCGUGAAUGCCCCCCCCCCAUACCCCCCUCUCUUUCCCGUAGGACAACAUGUCAAUGACAUACUGGACUGUGGGACUUUUUAGGACUAUUUUGUCACAGCUGGGAUUGGAAAUUGUAACGGAAACUAAAUAACUAAGUCAAUGCUUGCUCCUGUAGCGUCACCACUAUCCAAAAGUGAGGAGCGGAGGGAAUCGUUUUAGUUUUCCCAACAUUCCUUCUCCUCGUUGGGAAUGUUUGGGAAUAUCACCACUAGCACUGACUGGAUGAAACCUGUUCAGCAAUGACUGCUGUAAGGACAUGUCAACUAUUCAUCUCACUCAAAACACACCGAACCAAGGAAAUUCAGUUUAUCUGGAUAUUUGGAAAUAUCAUGUCUUAAUUUGACAGACCUUUUGGAAUCCACAGGAACCACUCAGACAUAUUCAUGAGCAUUUGUGCACCAGUCAGAGUGUAUUAUCGUAGUCUACUAUAAAUGGAACAUGAUGUUGGCUAUUUAUUUCUGGCUCUGUGAGAAUAAUGCAUAUCAGCUCAAACAAUAAUCUGUGCAUUUGAUCAUUUCAGAGGGGUUGUGAACUAUACUGUGUUGUUUGCCAAGGAAUAAUAACACAACCAAGUGUUUGUUCUCUGAUAAAGAUCACUGUCAGAAUGACACACUUAGGGAUGAAAAAACUUAGGGAUGAAAAAGAAAAUGUUAUUUCAUCGCCACACAGCACAUAUCAUAAACAUUUGAAGCGAACAGAAUUCAUUCUGGGAGAACGAUGAGAACGAUAUGUGGGAGAGUAGGGUCUUUCAUUCUGACAUAACAUACCCUGCUUUCGGUGGGGGCUGCUGAGGGGAGGGCGACUCAUAAUAAUGUUGGGAACGGAGCAAAUGUAAUGGCAUCAAACAUAUGGAAACCAGGUGUUUAAUGCCAUUCCACUCAUUCUGCUCCAGCUAGUACCAUGAGCCCUUCCUCCCAAAUGAAGGUGCCACCAACCUCCCGUGCCUGUUUUCCAUUGAGAAUCCAUAGUAUUUAUAGCUAGAAGGGCAGUCUGUAAACUGCAGCUGUCAUCACCCACUGAAUGUCAGAAACUACCCAUAAGAUCCUUUAAGGCCACUGGUGAUUAUAUUUAAUGUUUGCCCUCUAGCUGUGUGUCCCCUUGCUGUGUGCCCUCUAGCUGUGUGUCCCCUUGCUGUGUGCCCCC